AUAAGUUGACCCGUGUCCCCGCGGUCGAGCGCGCUCGUUCUGCUCGAAACGUCCGAGCACGAAAACGUUACGUUGUUGGUUUGUCGUAAAUUGAGUUACGUCUCGUCGUACGGCUCAAACGGUUGCGUCGUGUAUGGUACCGUGUGUAUGUGUGCGUAUGUGUGUGUCAAUGGUUCGUUAUUAACGGUGCAGUGUGGCCUGAUACAUCAGAAGAUAAAUUAUGAUGGUCUGAUCGCGGUUCCAACAUGACUGUGGAUUUCGUCGACUACUUCUGGGGCGAAAAGAAUAAUGGAUUUGACGUGUUAUAUCAUAACAUGAAGCAUGGUGUAGUCGCGAGUAAGGAGUUGGCUGAGUUUUUGAAGGAACGAUCAGCCAUAGAAGAAAACAAUUACAAGCUUCUUAGCAAGGUAGCUAAGCAAGUUGGCAAUAGCAGUAGUAUACAAGGAACUUUUGCACCUGUCUGGGCUGCUCUAAGAGGUGCGGCGGAGAAACUUGCAGGAUUGCACUGGCAGAUGGCCCAGAGGGUUACCGAACUAAUCAAAGAUGUAUCAAAAUAUGCGGAUGAAUUGCAUAAAAAACAUAAAGCUGUAAAAGAGGAAGAAUCGUCCACCUUGGAAGUUGUACAAAGUAUACAAAGCAUUACAGUGACUUUGCACAAAGCAAAAGAUAUGUGUAUGCAAAAGGGUCUUGAAUUGGAAAAAUUGAGGAAAGAAAAUGCCAGCCAGAAAGAAUUAGAAAAAGCAGAAAUAAAAUUUAAAAAGACACAGGACGAUUAUAAAACUUUAGUAGACAAAUACGUGGUCAUAAGAAACGAUUUUCAAACAAAAAUGACUCAGGCGUGCAGGCGAUUCCAAGAUGUAGAGGAGACACACUUGAAACAUAUGAAGGAAUUCUUGAAUAUCUAUGCAGAUGUCUUGCAAACAAAUCACGAGCAAGUCGGCCAAGUCCAUAUUGACUUCAAACGUCAAUGUCUUGACAUGACGGUGGACAAGUUACUGGAACAGUUUGUUCAGAACAAGUACACAGGUUUCGAGAAGCCAGGUAUGAUCGAAUACGAAGAAGUCAUGACAAGUUUAGCAGAUAUGACCAGUCAUUCGCAAUCGGAUAGCAAUGUUGAGACACCCAAGGAAACAUCCAAAGGAGCUAACGGGGAAACAGGAGUCGCUGGGUUUCUUCGCAGCAGGAGAGAAAAGCGCAAGGAAAAGAAGGCGAAAAAGAAGAAGGAUGUCGUGGAGACUAGCAGCAACAAAGAAGAAAAGUCUGACCUGGAGGACAAGGAGGACAAGGAGGACAGCAGAAAGUCCGAGACACCAACGCCGGAAGUGGACGAAGAUGGUUUCUGUAUCCCGCCAAAGUCAGAUCCGUGGGAGAACGAGAAGGGAUUCUACUCCAGCUCAGAUACCGACUCCGAGGACGAGAGAAAGAUAAGGGUGGAAAUAAAGCCUCUGAGCAACGGAGGAGCACCGAUGAGCGCCAGCGUGGACGAGCUGAGGGCAACGGUGGAGAAUUUAUCGUUAUCGCCUGCACCGACGGGACGCAGAGGAUCGAACACCGACUCUGAUCACCACAUGAAAAGGUCUCAGUCAGUGUCACAGCAAUUAGGAGGUAAGCCAAGCUCAGAUUUACUUGGCCUAAACUUGUUCAAUCCCAGCAGUACACCAUCGAGCGCCUCGACGCCGACUGGUAGUCAUCCGUACGCGCCAUUGCAAAGCCCUCCGCCGCUCUCUUCGUCACCGACGCCUCAACCACAGCCGUCGCAAUCCGCACCGCCUACACACCCCCACUCACGGUUCCCUGAUGGAGAUCUAUUCUCGGAAGUGGGAGACAUCACUCCAGCCUUACCCCCAAAACAAUCUGCAUCUUCCACUCCGACAGGAUCUAUUAUCAUUCCUAGACCGCCGUCCCGACGUGGUGAGGGCCCUUCUCCCAGGGGCAGGAUAUCACCAGCGCCUAUAUCCAGAGCAGACAGCGUGGCCAGCUUGGAGUUUCGCACGGCUGGCGUGGGGGUCGGUUCUUCCAGGGGUCCUUCUCCGCUCACGAUUGGCCUCGCGGAUACGAUUCCUCUGGCGGUCGCCUUCCACGAGAUUGUGCAUUCUUACUUCAGGGGCACCGACGAGACGCGAUGUCAAGUGAAGCUCAGCGGCGACAUGAUGUUGUCGUUCCCCGCCGGUAUCGUCGCCGUGCUAGCAAACAAUCCUAGCCCCGCGAAGCUUACGUUUCGCGUGAGGAACAGCAACAGAUUGGAAAAAUUGUUUCCUAAUAAUCAACUCGUUAGCAUGGAUGCUACGCAGACGACCGUCGACAGUACAAUUUUCGAAUUCAACAUGAGUGCCUUAACUACAUUGUUACGCAAACAGGCUGAACAAAAUCCCACGGCUUCCUAUUUUAACGUCGACAUUCUCAAGUAUCAAAUCAAGUGUAAAGAGGGCGCUGGUUCGUGCCCCUUCCAGUUGGUGGCGUAUUGGAAGUGCGAGACGACACACACCGACCUUAAGAUUGAUUAUAAAUACAACAGUCGCGCCAUGGCUUCUCCAAGUCCUCUGCUUAACCUCCACGUGGCAGCCCCCAUAGAUGGCGGUUUCAAGUCUCUGAACAGCAAGCCCCAGGCCCAAUGGCUGCCGGACACGAAUCGGGUGUUAUGGAAAUUCACGGAACUGUCGCAGCACAGCGAGGACAACGGCGUGGGCUCUUUGAAAGCGCGUGUUGAACUUGCACACGGUCCAGGGAAUCAAGGAACGAUAUUUACCCAGUUCAAUUGCGAGGGGACCACAUUAUCCGGAGUUGAAUUCGAACUUCUGGGCCCGGGAUAUAGAUUAAGUUUAGUAAAACGCAGAUUCGUCUCUGGAAAGUAUAUAUGCGACGGAGAUUCCGACUCAAGGAGCAGAUACGCCGCUCCGCCAUCCAACGUGGAUUGACGACUUCCGGAAUGGGCGCCUCAGUGGGAGAGUUUGCCCAUUUAAUAUUGGUAUUUGCUUGUUCAUUCACUGCCCAUACCACGACUAAUGUCCGUUCAAACGAAAUCGGCGUGGGGAAGCCUGUUGGAUACCAAAGAACGCGUGCGAUAAUGUUGUCCGAUGGACAAGUAAUUUGUACAAAAGAAACGGCUGAGCGAUCGCAAAGUAACCAAGGAUCGAGAUAUAUGUAUAUAUCGGUGUGAUCUGAACGAAGAGAACUCGGAACGAAGAUGUCGAAAAAAGAAAAGCAUAGUUGGACUUCGUAAAUCACUCGCUACCUGAUGAACGGCGUUCUAAUAUGUGUUUUAUAACUUGUAUAUUUUUCAAUUUUCUAUAAUAUGUCCUCGAUUAGAUUGUACUAUUUUUAGUAAUGUUUGUACGAUGCAUAAUGAGGCAAAACGACGAGGAUGGACGACGGGUUUAACACACUUUCGAAACGUCGGAUAAGCAAAUAGCAAUGGUUCGCAUAAAGCCUUUGGUGUCCAGCAUAUUUUUCACCACGACAUUCUCGCCAUAUUAUUGUGUCUAUAUAAUCAAAAUACGUUAUAAAUUUUUUUACGUAAACAAAGAUGCAAGAACUCUUUCUAAAAAAAAAAAACAAACAAACACCAUCAAACAGUACAACGUCUUAAUCUAUUGUUACAUCUUGCGUUAUUUUAACAUAAUUAUAUUAGUACUGUAUCGUUAAGAGAUUUUAUGGAGAAGGAAUGUAAAGAAUCUGUAAACGCCAAUCUCGAUUAUUUCUGUACAUUUAGCAUUUAUAAUUUUGCACGAACGGGGGUUGAUAUCGUUUGUUGUAAAUCUGUUCACGAAGUCCUGUUUGUAUAGCUGUACACAUGCGCAAAAAAAUAUGUGGAAAAAUUGAGCGCAAACAAAUGGAAUGAACAUAAAUGCAAGAGUUGUAUCGUUUUUGCGAUAAUUUGUUUGUUGCGGUGAACUCUAAAAUAAUUCCCAGCGUGUAAAAUUCUGAGGAGGAUAAAAAACUAAAAAUAUUCUAGCGCGUUUGCUCUUAUAGAAAUUCGGUGACCGCAAAUAAUUAUUCUUUAACGAGGAAGGAAUUAUAAGAUAAAACGUUUGUCGAGAUUUUAGCGUUGCGACGAUCCGUAGUUUUGCAAGUCACUCGCAAAAAAAAGUCUUUCGAAGGUUGCAAAUCAACGAUGAUCCUAGGACUAUGAUCGUUUCGUCGUUUCCACGAUCAAUAAAUUAAUCCAGUAUUUCUUGCUACAUUUAACUUAGAUUAAAUCGAACCGGUGGCAUUCGCUCGGUUCGCUGGUUCGCUUUUAAGAAGCAUACUAACUUCGAGGACGUUAACUUAGUCUUCUCAACUCUUCUAAAUGGGAAACGAAUAUUCUAUCUAUUAAUGUUUUUAACACUUUUUUUUUUUCUCUCUUAGUGUUCUCUUUACUAUCAACGUUUACGAAUCGAACGUUAGAGGCAGGCCAUUUCGUUAGACUGCAGCAUGUGCAUACAUACAACUUGCGUGUGUAUACAGGGUGUUAGGAAAAAUUUUAAUGGUGUAUUCUGGAGACCAAAAUAAGACGAAAAUCAAGAAUAACAAUUUCUCGA